AUGAGAGACAAAGAAGAAAGCAUAUUCGGCUUUAAACGGGAAGCGGGUCCGUCAAUUAUAUUUUCUCAACGCCUAACCGCUAUGACUGCUGACUUGGCUCUUGCGGUUUUAUUCUUAUCCUCUUCUCCACCUCACCGGCUCCUUCCUUAA